CAUUCUUGCUUCUAGACCUGGAGGACCUCCUCACGUGCGUCUCACGGGACUUGGUACUUCCAUGGAAGCUCUUCAGGCUACUGGGAAACGUCUUUCGGAUUUCGCGGAUAAGCUUGGUCUACCUUUUGAGUUCUGUCCUUUAGCUGAGAAAGUUGGAAACUUGGACACUGAGAGACUCAAUGUGAGGAAGAGAGAAGCUGUUGCUGUUCACUGGCUUCAACAUUCUCUUUAUGAUGUUACUGGCUCUGAUGCACACACUCUCUGGUUACUCCAAAGAUUAGCUCCUAAAGUUGUGACAGUAGUUGAACAAGACCUGAGCCAUGCUGGUUCCUUCUUAGGAAGAUUUGUGGAAGCAAUACAUUACUACUCAGCACUGUUUGAUUCGUUGGGAGCAAGCUACGGCGAAGAGAGUGAAGAGAGACAUGUGGUGGAGCAGCAGCUAUUAUCGAAAGAGAUACGGAAUGUAUUGGCCGUGGGAGGACCGUCUAGGAGCGGGGAAGUGAAGUUUGAGAGCUGGAGGGAGAAAAUGCAACAAUGUGGGUUUAAAGGUAUAUCUUUAGCUGGCAAUGCAGCUACACAAGCGACUCUUCUGNUAUGUCAUACACUUGUAAAGACUAAACUACAAAGAUCAUUACCAGAACGAGAGAAAGAACAAAAGCAUUCAUCUAUAUGCUCAUCGUCUCAACUCUAA